AUGCUGUCGGCACCCUCUACAAAUUAUUCUCUACUCUCAUUCGAUCGAAAUCGCGAUAAUGGCCAUACCGCCGAACCAACUGGAUCCUUUGAUUUUCUCCCCUCCGUUAGUUUCGAUGAACUGCACACUAGUAUCGAAUCUGCUUCAACCGAUUUCAAACUUACCCAGUUCCCUUCACCCACCGGCGAAGGAAGCAUUCUCGAGACGAAAGGUUUAAUAGAAAGGAAGUUACCUGAAAGGCCAACCAUGGCGCAGAACACUGGCACGACACGUGGAAGCAUACCGCCUCCGCCGUCUCGACCCAGUCGUUCAGGGUCAAUCUUGCGUCGACCGAGCACCUCGAGCAGGCAGACGAGUGUGUCCUCAGCCGUGUCUUCUUCUUCUGGAACACUGGAUGCCCCUUCUGCGCCCGCAGCUAUGCGAAAUCGUCGCCAGAGCCAAUUCCCCCCGGUUUCAAAUGCCGCUGCUCCCAGACCACCUCGGAAAUCCAUGGGGCCUGGGGUCAUCGCGGAUUCGGACCUGGCCGCCCGAAAUCCACCUGCCAGGCGCACCAGUCUCUUGGGAGACAAAAGUGCCCCCCGGGACUCUACAAGACGAUCUAUUGACGGUGGUUCUUUAACUGGUUCAGACUCAACACGCAAUCUACCAACAUCCCGGGCAAUCAAGGCAAAGUCAGUUCAACCACCUCCGCGGACGAGUCAGACGAACUUGCUCGGCGCGUCUACUCUUACUCCAGAGCAAAACCGCUUGUCGACCUUGGCUCUUAGAUCUCCACGUGUUGGCGGAAAGGCAGGUACCCCAUCAUCUGGCUCUAGCAAAAGGAUGUCAAUGAUGCCGGGCAGCCACGCCGCCACUGGAUUAGGAGCUCGCACAAUCAGCCCAACUGACACGAGGAGAAUGAAGCGCUUAUCCAUGAUGCCACAAUCACAAAGCUUAAACGUGCUUGCGAAUGUUCCUCCACCUCCCCCACCAGUAUCACUGGAUGUGCGAGCGGAGUCUCGAUCUCCAUCCAUAAUCCCACGCAAGGCCUCCCUGACUCCUUCUUCCUCCAGAACGACGCCAGAUAUAAAUAAUCGAAAGUCGUACAGCUCUGGCCUCUCAGGAGGCUCUACAGCUAGUUAUAAUACUGUGAGGACGUCUACGGGAUCUGUUCAAGCUCGUCUCCCUCUACCAUCGUCUGCGAGUCGAUUGCCGGCGCCCAAGCACGGCAGCACGCACAACAAUUUACAAACAGACGACGACGAAGACGUCCCACCUGUUCCUGCCAUACCCAAAGCCUAUGAAUCGCCAAAGGAAUCCCAUUCUGAGACGUACUUUGUGGAAAAGAAGAAAUCGAGUUUCAACACUCUCGACUCGACGAGUAUUCAUAGCAAUUCGACUAGUAGCAUAUCAAUGCCGGUCCACCCCGAGCCCACCAAAGUUCAGCAAAAGGCGAAUGUUAGAAAGAGCACCUAUGCGGGGAUAGCUGCUGUUGAAGAAGAGAAUCAAGAAAUCCAGUCCAGGAAACAGCUGCAACCACUGAGCCUUCCGCCUCUGAACAUUGGACCUUUGAGCUUUCCUUCCACGUCAAAAGUCAAUGGGCAAAAUCCUUCUCAUCGAGAUCUCAGCCCACCACCUUCACGACAAGUUCCCAAGACACCUACAACACCUAUGACGGCAUCGAAGAGUUCUUUCUUCUCCAAGACUCGGUAUGAUGAAACGUUGGAACUUCCUUCUCUCAGGAGCAGUACCUCCACUCAUCAUAUCCGCCGAGUUACGCCGACCCCUCCUGAUGGCAUCUCUUCAGAUUCAUCCCCUAGCUUGAUUGAGCCGAUUCACAAAUCGAGUAUCUCCCCCUUUCUAUCGUCGUCUUUGCCUAAGGGAGGCUUUGAGGCUGGGCACCUGAAGAGGUCCAAGACAGGAGUGGAUUGUGCCACCAUCACAGGAGCUUUUUUCGAGCCCAGUGCCGAACAGAAGCCUUCUGGCCCUCGAGAACUGAGCAAGGAUAAGCCUAUCCCGAAGUCUCCACCACAUCCUGCAGAGACCCAACGACCUCAAAGCCCCUCCUCCAAAACAUCCCUUCGGAGAAAGCUUAGCUUGUCGUGGAAGCGAAGUAACUCCAAGUCCGGUUCUGUUGACACGGCUGAUAAAUCUAGCACGCAGCAGCCGUCAAAAUCUGAUGGCAUGCCGCCCCCCCGGAUUCCUGUGUCAGCAUCUGCCGCGGUGGGCGGCUACUCCGGUCUCAAGCAGCCCAACCCUAAUCCCAUCGUAAAGACGAAUCCUCAUGGAGCUAAUGCUGAUAUCAGAAGACGGAAGAGCUCGGCAGCAAGUUUAACGAACCAUGGUGCUCCUAAUCGUAUUAAGAGCGAUACGUGGCACGCUCAUCAAGAAGGACUUGACUCUAUCACGGUGCCUUCGACCAGAAGCGCUAGCGGUGUAUCGAAUAAGAUGGUCAAGCCCAAGCCAUCCGUUAAUGCACUCCGGACUGUUGGUUCUUGGACUACGGAUCCCGACAAAGACGACAUUGCCGCUGAAGAAGAGAUGCGCAAGCUAGGAUCCCGACGAAAAGAAACCGAGAUUGCUGGGAGAGCAUUAGAUGCUUUGAAGAAAAGGGCAACGCCAAAGGAGCGUGUGGGUUCCCAGGAUGCCAUACGAAUCGCUAUGCUCAAUAUAUAUGAACGAGGCGAAAUCAUUGACUACAACGACGUAUACUUUUGUGGAACCCAAAAUGCCCGGAAGGUUGUGGGGAACUUGCAGUCAGACACUCCAAAUUUUGGCUAUGAUGACGAACGUGGUGAUUAUACCAUUAUCCCAGGUGAUCAUCUUGCGUACAGAUAUGAGAUUGUGGAUAUUCUUGGAAAGGGAAGCUUUGGACAGGUUGUUCGGUGUAUUGACCACAAACUUGGGGUUCUUGUUGCCAUUAAAAUCAUUAGGAACAAGAAGAGAUUCCAUCAGCAAGCUCUUGUCGAGGUCAAUAUUCUUCAAAAGCUUCGCGAAUGGGUAAGUCUUCAGCGUUUUUCAACCAUUGCGCAAUGCCAUAAUUCGCUAACAGGGCAGCAGGAUCCCAAGAACAAACACAGCAUGGUCAAUUUCACGCAGAGUUUCUAUUUCCGCGGCCACCUCUGUAUCUCGACGGAACUCCUGGAUAUGAACCUUUACGAGUUUAUCAAGGCACAUUCUUUCCGUGGAUUCUCUCUGAGAAUUAUUAGGCGAUUCACGAAGCAGAUCCUCAGCUCUCUAGUUCUGCUCAAGCAGCGCAAGGUCAUUCAUUGCGAUUUGAAACCUGAAAAUAUUCUUCUGAGGCAUCCUUUGCACUCGGAAAUUAAGGUGAUCGACUUUGGAUCAAGUUGUUUCGAGCAUGAGAAGGUAUACACGUAUAUCCAGUCCAGAUUUUAUCGAUCCCCAGAAGUCAUUCUAGGUAUGACAUAUGGCAUGCCCAUCGAUAUGUGGAGUGUAGGUUGUAUUCUGGCCGAACUUUACACAGGGGUUCCCAUUUUCCCUGGUGAAAAUGAGCAAGAGCAGCUGGCAUGUAUUAUGGAGGUGUUUGGACCUCCCGAGAAGCAUUUGAUCGAGAAGAGCACGAGAAAGAAACUCUUCUUCGACUCUAUGGGCAAACCACGGUUAAAUGUAUCGUCGAAAGGCCGACGUCGUCGUCCGUCGUCAAAGACCCUGCAGCAGGUGUUGAAGUGCGACGAUGAAGCUUUCUUGGACUUCAUUGCUCGCUGCCUGCGAUGGGAUCCCGAGAGGCGACUGAGACCCGAGGACGCCGUUCGGCAUGAAUUUAUCACGGGUCAGAAACUGCCAGUCAUCAUCCCAAGACCGUCAGCCAGGGAAUCGUCACCGUCGAAACGAGCCAACCCCCUUUCAGCCCCUCGCCCCCUACCCGACCCUCCAAUUUCUAUCGCCAAGGGAGUUGGUGGUUCCAUGCGGACUGGCAUUAGCCCCCACAAGCCGGUAUCUGGCACUUCAAGAAGAACCUCUGGAGCUACGGCUGCUACGGCUGCUAGCCUCAACAGACGAACUAGUGCGGGCGGUUCCAUUAGCAGUAUCAGCAGUUUACCUCGUGCCGCUGGUCGAACUGCUAGUGGCAAACAGGACCUUGCAGCAGCUGGUGCGUCGGCCGCAAUGAGCCGACGCGUAUAA